AUGGCCUCCGAGCCGCCCGCGCAAGCCUUGUCAAAAAACCGAGACCGAGACGCGAUUCCCGACAAUUCACACCGGACCAGCUUCAGCGAGCUCGACGUGCUCGGCAGCGUGCCGGUGCCGUCAACCUCGGUGGACGUGUGCAUGCACGACGGGUUCGGGCUCAACAGCGGCAUCACGAUAGCGGGAGGGGACGGGGCUUUGCUUGUGAAUGGCGAGGCGUUUGCGUGGCGGCCGUGGGAGGUGAGCGGGAAGAUGAAACUUGUCAAUGAGAAGGGGCAGUUUGAGGUGCCGGCGGAGGCAUUUGGGUUGUUUGACGUGCUCUGGCCAAGACCUGAUCUGUUGGUUAUUGGAGUGGGCAAGACCAACAUGCCGCUGAGUCCACGGACAAGGCAGCAUCUUACGCAGCUGGGGAUGAGGGUAGAGAUGCUUGACACGAGGAAUGCGGCGGCGCAGUUCAACUUGCUGGCGACGGAGCGAGGAGUGUCGGAUGUGGCGGCGGCUUUGAUACCCAUUGGCUGGGAGGAAGGAUCUGGCGUUGUUUCAUGA